AUGUCCCUUGUUCUUCUAAUUUACUGCAUCCAGUACCUCAAGCCCAUUCCUGGAGUGUCGCAGGCUGAUACACAGCGUGCAGGAACCCACACUGGUGUCAUCAACCCCCAGUGGUGUGGUGGCGAGGCUCACUUCUGGCCUUCACGAAGUGGCAGUGCUCGCCUCGGAGGAUCUGUGUGUACAGUCAUGGACAGGAGUCUUUUUGUGCUGCUUCUGCUGUCAGUGCUCUUCCAAAGCAGCUUUGGUCUUUUCCGUCCGUACUUCUAUGUAAAUAAAGCAAUGUCAUGGCCGGAGGCUCAUAGUUACUGCAGAGAGAGAUUCACUGAUCUGGCUACUGCAGACAGCAUGGAUGAUGUGAACAGGCUGGUAAAUAUAGUGGAUGCUGGAUACAGUGGAUCAGUGUGGAUUGGACUGAAGAGGGGGACACAGACACGCUGGGUUUGGUCUGAUGGAGACAACAACACUUCUCUGUAUUAUAACUGGGAUUCAGGACAGCCAGAUAGAGAAGGAGAUUUUUUUAGUUUAGGAAACAAGAGCUUCAAACUGUGUUUCUCAAUAGGAAAUACUUCAUACCUAAUACAAACUUACAAAAACUGGACUGAUGCUCAGAGCUACUGUAGACAACAUUACACAGACCUGCCCACCAUCCGCAACUCUGCAGAAAAUGACCAGCUAAAAAAAAUUCUCUUAUCUGGAUAUUACAUCUGGAUCGGUCUGUUCUUUGACUCUUGGGAAUGGUCUGAUAAAUGGAGUCGCGUCUUCAGACACUGGGCAGCAGAUCAACCAUUCCUGAAUCCAGGAUCUGGAGACUGUAUUGCGAUGUCAAGAAACAACUCUGGCAGAUGGGCUCAAUACAGCUGUGAUCUCAAGCAGCCUUUUAUCUGCCAUGGGGACAUUAGGAAACAAAUUGUGAGACUGAAAGUCACAUGUAAGGGAAAAUGUGCAUUGGAUGAUUCUUCACUACAGACGGCCAUUCUGAAUGAGAUAAGUGAAAAGCUGAAGAACAUGAUGUUGGACACUGACAACAUAAUAAGCUUGAGAAAGGGGGAAGAUGGAGGGCUGUUUCAUAAGGAGAACAACCAUAUGGUGAAUUAAGAUGAUAAAUGUAAUAGGGAACUGUAAUGUAUGUGGUUUAAGGUUCAAAA